ACCCCCGCUUCACAAGCGGAGCCCAUCGGAACUCAAGGCGAGGCUGCUGGAUCUUCCAGGAGCGCCCAGACACGGGCGGGUGGCCACGGGUGGCCACAGGCGCUGGGCAGGAUGGCAGCGGCCGCAGAGCGGGCCCUUCCACGUCUGCAGGCUCUGGCCCGGCAGCCACCACCCAUAAGCAAUGAGGAGGAGCUUUAUGACUGCCUGGACUACUACUACCUGCGCGACUUCCCUGCCUCAGGGGCCGGGCGCAGCAAGGGCCGCACUCGGCGCGAGCAGGCGCUGCGCACCAACCGGCCUGCACCUGGCGGGCACGAGCGCAAGGUCCUGCAGAAGCUCCUCAAUGGCCAGCGCAAGCGCCGCCAGCGCCAGCUGCAGACCUGGCUGCGCACUCGCCCCACCUGAGCCUGGGAUACCGAAGGACCUGUUCAAAGUAUUUUCUGUAACUCCAACUGUAACUUGUUUCUGAGGAGGAGAGAAUCCAUGUUUGGUCAACAGAACUUUUCCCUGUCACUUAAGUUUACUGCUUCCAUAUCUUUUCCUUACUUGAUUGUUAAUUAAGUAGUGUCCAAGUGGAUUAGCCUUUUGAGGGUUUAUUAAUUAAAAGAGAGCAGCAAGAAUGGCAUUUUAACUCUCCUGGUUUUUUUUCAGUUACUAUGGUAACUCUUUUCAAGUCCACAAAUGAUUUGUUCUUAUCUGUAAAGAAAAGGUCACAAAGAUAAGCAGAGAGAGACUAAAGAUAGGAGUAUGUGUAAGAUUUCUACCUAAAUGUAGUUUAGGAGUACACUAAGUAGUUCACUCCUGCAAUCCCAGCACUUUGGGAGGCUGAGGCAGCCAGGUCACCUGAGGUCAGCAGUUCAAGACCAACCUGGCAAACAUGGCAAAACCCCAUCUCUACUAAAAAUACAAAAAUUAGCCGGACGUGGUGGUGGAUGCCUGUAUCCCAGCUACUCGGGAGCCUGAGUCAGGAGAAUUGUUUGAACCUGGAAGGCCAAGGUUGCAGCGAGCCAAGAUCAUGCCACUGUGCUACAGCCUGGGCGACAGAGCAAGAC